AUGUCACAGCCUCAUGAAGAUGCAGUGCAUGCGACCUCGAUUCAAGCAGGGCAGGCUUAUUUAAGUCCGGAAAACAUAUGUUCUUUGUACACACAGCCAUGCCACCAGUUCCCGGAGCCAGAGGCUAUUGGUCUGCAAAUGGCUGAGGCUGAACUCUUUGGGCAUAUCCAUGAGAUACCUCAAGAUGCUGUAGAGGGGUUGAAUAACUUCUAUAACACACAGCGGCGAGAUCCAACACCAGUAGCCAUUCCCAAGGAUAUCCUACACGCAUUUGUAGAACUGUACUUUGAGUACUUUGACUGUCAGUUCCCAUUCUUACACCCAUCUCGCAUGGAGGACCCAGAUCUCCCAUGGAUAUUGUUAUUAGCUGUCGCAGCAGUCGGAAGUCAUUACUCGGAGAUCCAAGGUGCAGAUGAGUAUAAUUCCGCGUUAUCUAAUCUCCUAGCCCGAGCUGUUGAGCUCCCUCAUAAGCGAAGCAGCCUGGCGACAAUGUGCUGUGACCUCAUUAGCAAAGCCGACAAACGCAGACACUCGAGUCGGGAUAGGCUUAACGACGAAGUAGAAUGGCAAAACUGGAUUGCCAAGGAGAGUGUACUACGUCUGGUCACUUGUGCUCGACACCAACGUAAGCCAGAUACCUUUGCGGCCAAGGUCAUUCUUCUCGAGCUAUACGUCGAAGACAGGAACUACUACCGCCAACUACGAACCUCGCAACUCCUACACUCUUCAUUUGAAUCGUACUUGAACUCUUCAGCAAGUCGUGAUAUUCAACAGCCGCCGAACCAUUCACUUCCCAGACCAGAUCUCAGUAGGAGCGAAAAUGCUCUUCUAAACACAACCAUCGAUGGAUUUACUCUGAAGAACAUGCCCAACCUCGGGGAUCUUACAGACACUGUUUUCCAUGUGAUUGCGAUUCUCAAUUUGAUUCCGCUCGAGACUUUACAUUCAGCUACGGGCUGGGAGACGAACAAAGAGGAGAUGAAGAAGUCCAAAACGCAUCUCAAUGACUUUUUCAAAAAUAACGAUAUCAAGGCGCGAAAGGGCUUAUGGCAUGCUGCCUGUAUCUUUAAAAUAACCCGGAGCUCUCGUCGCCUUGCGUGCUAUGAUGCGCUCAGCCUCACGGUGGCGAUGGGCUACAUAUACUGCUACAGUGAGACACGUACAUCAUUGGCACCAACUUCAGCCCGUCCGCUAAUUACGCGUCUCGAUCGAUUGCAAGACAGAGAGGCUAUUGAACGAUGGAUUGAGAAUGGCAAGGACAGUGUCGUUCACUUGACUGGCGUUGGACUACUAGAUGGCUCUGACCCCUGCGUUCGUUUCCUUCUAGAUUUGGAGAGGACACUGGUGUCGCAGAUUGCAUGGCGUGGAUUCUGUCGUGCUUUUGCUAGCAGUUUCGCCCAGUUGAGACGUGGCGAGACACCGACGAAGAGCUCGAGAGAGUACAAUAAUGAUGAAUGA